AUGGCUCCACCAACUAGUUUGGAUUCAAGACAAAGACAAUCAAGAAGGGACGAUGCAAUUAGAAAACGUAUUGAAAAUGAUUUGAGAAAGAAAAAGGCAAGCACUUCUACUAGCACAAGAAGAAGUAGAGGUGCCCCAGGAACAGUUUUAUGGUUAAAACCUGGUGAACCAAUUAUUUGUAAACCAACAGCCACUGUUUAUGAAGUCGCCCAAUUAAUGACAGCAAGAAGAGAAAACUGUGUUUUGGUUGUUAAUGAAAUAGGUGAAUUAUUGGGUAUUUUCACCGCUAAAGAUGUUGCCUUUAGAAUUGUUGGAUCUGGUCUUAAUGCCACACAAGUGACUAUAGACACAAUAAUGACCAAGAAUCCUAUUUGUGCCAAUGCCACUGAUCCAGCUGGUGAUGCCUUAAAUUUGAUGGUGGAAAAGGGGUUCCGUCAUUUACCAGUGUUGGAUGAAAAACUGCAAAUUGUUGGUGUUCUUGAUAUCACAAAAUCAUAUGCUCAACAAAUGGAGAAAUUGGAAAGAAUGCAUAGUUCAUCCAAAAAAUUACACGAAGCAUUAGAUUCAGUUCAUAAUGAAAUUGGUGUUAAUGAACAGCCUCAUCAUGUUUACCAAUAUUUCGAAACUUUGAAAAACAAAAUGAACGGACCAACAUUGGAAGAUGCAUUAGAUGCCAACACUGUACCCACAUAUGUAAAUGUCAAAGCAUCGGUACAUGAAGCCACCAUGUUAAUGAAAGAAAAUAGAACCACGGCUGUUUUGGUUAAGGAUACAAAUGAACAAGUAGCAGGGAUUUUCACAUCUAAAGAUGUUGUUUUAAGAGUCAUUGCUGCUGGUUUGGAUCCUAAAAAAUGUUCUGUUGUCAGAGUCAUGACUCCACAACCCGAUGUUGCACCAAUUGGUUUACCAGUUCAAGAUGCCUUGCGGAAAAUGUUUGAUGGUCAUUAUUUGAAUUUACCUGUAGUUGCCAACGAAGGAGAUAUCAUUGGCGUUGUUGAAGUUUUGAAAUUGACACACAUUACCUUGAACCAAAUUAAACAACUUGAAACUAGUGAUACAAGCAAUGGAUCAACUGCAGUGGAAUCUACUAAUGAAGGUCCAGCCUGGAACAAGUUCUGGACUUCUUUGGACAAUACUGAUGGUGAUACAGAAUCAGCACAUUCUGAUUCAUUAAUGGAAACAAGCCAUGGUAGUGCUACUGCUCCUGAUAUCACUCCUUCUGAAUUUCAUUCUUUUAAUGUUGACAUUAAGCCAUCUGAUUCAGUAUCAUACGUCAACUCUUCCCCUCUUAAGGCUUCUUCAUUCAAGAUGACGUCUUCAAUGACAGUUGAUGAAAUACCAUUUAUUUUCAAGUUUAAAUCUCCAGGAAUCGAAGGAAGGGUUCAUCGUAUAACUUUGAAAGCCAGUGAUGGGAUUAUCAAAUUAAGAGAAUUGAUGAAUGAAAAAUUACAUGAAAAAGAUUUUGCUUUUUUGAAUGUCCCUAAACCAGACGAAAAUUCAUCAACACAAGAAACUUAUGCCAUAAGCUAUGUUGAUGAUGAAGGAGAUGUGGUAUCAAUCACUUCUGAUAGUGAUUUAGCUGAAUGUAUAAGAAUCAAUUUGAAUUUACAAAAUGACAAAGCUGAUUUAUAUCUCCAUAAUCCUCAUGAACCAGCACCAAUUGAAAAUAUUAAACUCAUUCACAAAUCUGGUAAAAAUCGUCAUGUUAAUGCUGAUAAUAGUUUGCUUUUCGGUAUACCUAAUGAAAUUUUAAUUCCUAGUGCUCUUGCUGUUUUAGGAGCAUCUGUUAUUUUGGGAUUCACUCUUAGUAAAAAAUAA